UGCCUCCAACCUCGUAGAGUUGGAGUUAAGAAACAAAAUGUCUCCUGCUGUCCUCCGAGUGUCCGGAUGCGGCCAGUGGGGCCCAAAGAACUGGAUGCCCCUGCUUAGGUCUCCAAAGCUGAGGGCGAGAAGCGCAGUCUCUUCGCUCCCUACUCGGACCGCGGCGACGCUGAGGCUGGAGCCUGCGGGCCGCAGCCUGUGGGACGAGCCGCUGCGCAUCUCGGUGGGCGGCCUGGCCCCCCGGCAGCCGGUCACUCUGCGCGCGGCCCUGCGCGACGAGAAGGGCGCGCUCUUCCGCGCCCACGCGCGCUACCUCGCCGACCCCGCCGGCCGGCUGGACCUGGAGCGCGCGCCCGCGCUGGGCGGCAGCUUCGCGGGGCUCGAGCCCAUGGGGCUGCUCUGGGCGCUGCAGCCCGACCAGCCCUUGCAGCGGCUGGUCAAGCGGGACGUGCGGACGCCCUUCGCCCUGGAGCUGGAGGUGCUGGACGGCCACGACCCCGAGCGCGGGCGGCUGCUGGGCCGCGCGGUGCACGAGCGCCACUUCCUGGGGCCCGGGGUGCGGCGGGAGCCGGUGCGGGCCGGCCGGGUGCGCGCCACGCUCUUCCUGCCGCCAGGACCUGGCCCCUUUCCUGGGAUUGUGGACAUUUUUGGAGCUGGAGGUGGCCUUCCGGAGUACCGAGCUAGCCUGCUGGCUGGGAAGGGCUUUGCUGUGAUGGCUUUAGCUUACUAUAACUAUGACGAUCUCCCCAAGAGCAUGGAGACCCUCGACCUGGAGUACUUUGAGGAAGCUGUGAACUACCUCCUUAGUCGUCCUCAGGUAAAGGGCCCAGGAGUCGGAUUGCUUGGCAUCUCCAAAGGGGGCGAUCUCUGCCUCUCCAUGGCCUCUUUCCUGAAGGGCAUCACUGCCACGGUCACAAUCAACGGCUCUCUGGUCAACGUGGGAGGAAGCUUACACUACAAGGGUAAGACCCUGGCCCCAGUGGGUUUUGAUCUGAAGCGAGUCAAGGUGACCCAGGAUGGCUCUGUGGACAUUCUGGAGGUCCUCAACAGCCUUUGGGAAGAGACUGAGCAGAGGAGCAUCAUUCCCGUGGAGCAGGCUGAGAGUGCCUUCCUCUUCCUCGUGGGGCAGGAUGACCGCAACUGGAAGAGUGAGCUGUAUGCUGAGGAGGCCUCCAAGCGAUUGCAGGCCCAUGGGAAGGAGAAGCCCCAGAUCAUCUAUUACCCGGGGGCCGGGCACUACAUUGAGCCUCCAUAUUUCCCCCUGUGCAGAGCUUCCCUGCACACCCUGGUGGGCAGGGCUGUGGUCUGGGGAGGCGAGCCCAGGGCUCAUGCCAUGGCCCAGGUGGAUGCCUGGAAGCAGCUCCAGAGUUUCUUCCACAAGCACUUGGGUGGGGGAAAGGAGACACUCUUUGCAAAACUGUGAUUUUUUUUUUUUUUUUUUUGCAUUUGAUUGUUUGGCAUCUCUAAUGCUAAUCUAGAGCUGGUGAAAUAGCUCACUUGGAGAGCCUGCUGCUGUACCAUGUGGGCCACCAGGCUGGAAAUCAGCACCUAACUUGUUAAAGGAAGCUCUCUCUGUGUCUAAAACAACAACCACCUCUUCUGGGAACAAUAGCUACAAAUACUAUGUAUGAAUCAUUUCACCUUUUCUUUUUUUCCCCCCACACUAGCGUUAUGGCUAGGGCUUAGUGCCUGCAAGACAAACUCACUCUGAUGGUCUUUUUUUGUUCCUUUAUUUUUUUGAUAGAGACAGAAAGUGAGAGGGAAAAGGGGUGGAUAGAGAGGAAGAAGAAGAGAGACACCUGUGGCAUUGGUCGAGCACUCAUAAAGCUCCCCUGCAGAUAGGGGCCAUGGGCUUGAACCAAGUCCUUGCACAUGGUAACAUGUGCACUCUGCAGGGUGCACCACUUCCCAGUCCUUGUUUCACCUUUAAAAAAGUCUGUUAUCAUCAUCAUCAUAGUGUGUGUAACUAUCUGUGCUGGGGUUUAUAAAUGUAAAAUUCCACUGCUCCAAGCAAACUGGUUUUCUUUUCUUUUCUUUUGUUGUUUUGUUCCUCCAGGGUUAUCACUGGGGCUUGGUGCCUGCACCGAAUCCACUGCUCCUGGAGGCUAAUUUUUUUUCCUUUUUGUUGCCCUUAUUUAUUGUCAUUGUAGUUGUUGUUAUUGCUGUUGGAUAUUAACUUUAAAUUGAUUACUAGUUAGAUGUAAAAGAAAUAAAAAAUUUUCAAAGCAAA